AUGCAGCAGCACCUGAUGCAGAUGCAGCCCAUGAUGGCAGCCUAUUACGCCAACAACGACACUACUGAUCACAUUCAACAGUAUUUGGACGAGAACAAGUCCUUGAUUUUGAAGAUUGUUGAGAGCCAAAAUUCAGGGAAACUGGGCGAAUGUGCAGAGAACCAAGCAAGGCUACAGCGAAACCUCAUGUAUUUGGCUGCAAUUGCUGAUUCUCAACCCCAAACACCUACCCUGCAUCCUCAGUAUGCUUCCAGUGGCGUAGUACAACCUGGAGCACACUACAUGCAGCAUCAACAAGCUCAGCAGCUGACACCACAAUCGGUCAUGGCUGCACGAUCACCCAUGUUGUACACUCAACAGCCAUACCUGCAACAACAGCAAGCCUUGCAUAGCCAACUCGGUAUGAGCUCUGGUAGUGCUGGACUUCACUUGCUGCAAAGUGAGGGUGCCAAUGCUGGGGGCAGUGGGGCACUUGGAGUCGGAGCUUAUUCUGAUUUUAGUCGUGGCUAUUCUGGAGAAGGAUUGCACAUUGGCAGUAGGGGAAUGCCAGGAGGGAGCAAGCAAGACAUUGGAUCUAGCGAGGGCAGAGGUGGGAGCUCUGGUGGCCAGGGUGGUGAUGGUGGUGAAACACUCUAUCCGAAAGGAGGCGAUGACGGUAAUUGAGAGGUAAGAAUGAUGUAGGAAAGGUUAGUGAAGAAGCUGAAUUCCGAAAAAAGAAGAAGUAAGGAAAAUGAUCAAAGCACGCAAGCUACUUUACAUCCAAUGAAAAAUGUUGUAUGGAAACAAUAGUCAGGGCUCUCCUUCCGGCCUGUGGCUUGGUUGUUUUUUGUUUUCUUUGUUGAGACAAUGCAUCUUGUGGUAGUGUAUCUUGUAAAUAUUUAGGUCAAGUUCUGAUCUGAUUUGAUUUUAGUCGGUUUUAUGUUCCAAAAUCAUAUUUCUAGUGCAUGUUUUAGGCCUACAUUGAAGGCUUGUGGGUUGUAAAUGGAAUUGUUAUAGCUAGGGUUUGUUGUCAUGAGCAUGCAUGUAUGUGGAAUUCAAUUAAUAUGUUUGAUGGUUCUGUGCUGCUGGUACAGCUUGAAAUUGAAAACCUUGGU